AAUAGUCGCCGACCGACUGCCAAUCCGCCUCUCUCUCUCAACAACAUGACUGACUGGGAAGCGGUGGCUCAGGCAGAGCAGCUCUGCGGGCGCAGGCAAGAGGAGCAGGAGGAUUAUUAAAUAACGCAGCUCGACUCUGUGCAACUGGGAGUGGAGAGAAGGAGCCCAACAGCGGAGAAGGGAGGGAGGGCAGAGGAGGGGGUCCAGGAAAGACACCCCCGUGCCCCGAAGACAUAAACCCCGGAGUGCCCGGGAAGAGCCUUAACAAGCGGCGCGGAGCCCUCAAGGCUGCUAAGUUGGCUAUCACAGUGCAAGCUUUGGGGUCCCAAUGGGGGACUCUGGAUCAAGACGAUCUACCCUGGUCUCCCGGUUGCCAAUAUUCAGAAGAAGCAUUAGCAGAAGACAUGAUUCUCUUCCUUCUUCACCCUCCUCCAGUAACACAGUUGGCGUCCACAGUUCCUCUCCUUCCAGCACUAACUCAAGCUCAGGUAGUACAGGUAAACGCAGGAGCAUAUUCCGUACUCCUUCUAUUAGCUUCCACCAUAAGAAGGGGAGUGAACCUAAGCAAGAACCUACCAACCAGAACCUUAGUAUUUCAAAUGGUGCUCAACCUGGUCACAGCAGUAUGCAAAAACUGAGUUUGGAAGAACAUAUUAAAAUCAGAGGAAGACAUUCUGUUGGUUUUAGUAGUUCACGAAAUAAGAAGAUAACAAGGUCUUUGACAGAAGAUUUUGAAAGGGAAAAGGAACACUCAACUAAUAAGAAUGUCUUUAUAAAUUGCCUAAGUUCUGGCAAAAGUGAGGGGGAUGAUUCUGGAUUUACAGAAGAACAAACUCGCCGUUCUGUUAAGCAGUCAACAAAAAAGCUGCUUACUAAAUCUUUUUCAUCGCACUAUAAAUUUUCUAAGCCAGUGCCACAGAGCCAGUCCAUUUCAUUGGAACAACAGGCUGAGUUCUCACUGGAAAUUACACAGUACCAAGAGAGAGAACCUGUAUUAGUCAGAGCUUCUCCAUCUUGUUCUGUGGAUGUAACAGAACGGGCAGGAAGCUCUUUACAAUCUCCAUUGCUUUCUGCUGAUCUUACCACAGCUCAGACACCUUCAGAGUUUUUAGCCUUGACUGAAGACUCUGUGUCUGAAGCAGAUGCAUUUUCAAAAAGUGGAAGCAUGGCAUCCCACUGUGACAACUUUGGCCACAAUGAUUCUACCUCUCAGAUCUCUUCCAAUCCUGGUGCCGUUCCAAAGGCAACAGUAGACCUUAUGGGAACUGUUUCCAGUGCAAUUAUGUCUCCUGGGAAAUAUAGGUUAGAAGGUCGUUGUAGCACUGACUCUAAUUCCUCACCAGAAACCUCUGCUGCUAAUCAGAAGGAAGUGUUAUUGCAAGUCACUGAGCUCCCUCUCACCAAUGGGAGUGACUCAAAGACUCACCUGUCAACAGAUGCUCAAGGAGGAGAACAUAUGGGAUUACAAAACGGUGACACAAUGUUGGUGACAAGCUCCCCGAGGAAACUUGGAUUUUAUGAGCAACAUAAAGUGAUAGCUGAACGUGUUAAAGGGAUCCAUCCUAUAUCAGAUUCAAGAAUAAUACCUUCUUCUGGUGAUCGUCAUAUUUUUAACAAAACAUGUGGAUAUGAUGCAAAUCCUGCCAAAGUUCUUGCCAGUAGCCUCAGUCCAUAUCGUGAGGGAAGAUUUAUAGAGAGACGACUGCGGUCCUCAUCAGAAGGAACUGCAGGGAGUAGCAGAAUGAUUUUGAAACCAAAAGAUGGAAAUGCAGAAGAAGUUAAUAGUUUAAGAAAGCAAAGAGCAGGUUCAUCAUCUUCAAAAAUGAACAGCAUGGAUGUUUUAAAUAAUUUGGGAUCUUGUGAACUGGAUGAAGAUGAUCUAAUGCUUGAUCUAGAAUUAUUAGAGGAACAGAAUCUUCAUCCUCCUGUUUGCCGGGAGGAUUCAUACCACUCUGUAGUCUCAUGUGCUGCCGUAGUUCUCACUCCUGUGGAGCCAACGAUAGAAAUGAAGAAAAGAGAAGAACUAAAAUUUCCUGAACCUUCCAAACAGAACCUUUCACUGAAAUUAACAAAAGACAUUGAUCAGGAAGCCAGGUGUUCCCAUAUUAGCCGCAUGCCCAGCAGUCCAUCCGCAGAUUGGCCCCUGCAAGGUGUAGAAGAAAAUGGAGGCAUAGAUUCUCUGCCAUUCAGACUGAUGUUACAGGACUGCACAGCCGUCAAGACAUUAUUAUUAAAGAUGAAGAGAGUUCUUCAAGAGAGCGCAGACAUGAGCCCAGCAAGUAGCACCACUUCACUUCCUGUUAGUCCUCUUACUGAAGAGCCAUUGCCUUUCAAGGAUAUAAUGAAAGAUGAAUGCUCAAUGUUGAAGCUGCAGCUGAAGGAGAGAGAUGAACUCAUUUCCCAACUUCAGGAAGAGCUGGAAAAAGUAAAGCAUUUACAGAAGGCGUUUGCUUCAAGAGUAGAUAAAUCCACACAGACUGAAGUUCUAGGCUAUGAUGGUUUGAACCUGAAAAGACUGGAGGCAGGACAAGGCGGGAGAGAGUCUCUUUCCUUUGUUCUUUCCCUUUCCUUUCUCUAUCCUUCCCUUUCCCUUUCUCUCACUUUCCCCCUUUCCCUUCCAUUCUUUCAAGAUAUAAGUCUGACAAGCCAAGGAAAAGAGGAUCCAGGGUUCAAGAGGUGUCAUCAUUGUCAGUGGCCAGUCCCUGGGGUGAGGAAGCAGCUCAUAGAGUCAAAGACUAUUUACAAGUAA